CUGCUGAAUCUCCAGCUUCAGAUUGAUAGCCGGUUAGUAAGCUAACAGAGAUACGUUGCCAAAACCUUUCAGCAGCUCGUGAAAUUCAGGGCCAGCACAUGGAUUUCCCGUGUGUAAUGGUUUAAAAUGCAAGCGUUCAUUCAACUCUAGUCUUUGAAGAGCAUUACAUUCACAGGGUUCCAACUGGAAAUUUGUUUUUGAUCACCAGCAGCUAGCUGGUUGGCCAGCUAAUCAGUUGAAAAUCUGCAGAACGCCAUCUUGGUUUCGCACCCUAACAGAUUUCAACAUGGUGGACAAAAAUAUCUACAUUGUCCAAGGGGAGAUCGCGACAGUAGUCGGUGCCAUCAAGAGGAACUCGAGGAGCACGCACAUGCCCCUGGAUGAAGAACAAGACCCCCUUCUCAACAGCUUUAGCCAGCUGAAAGAAGUCCUCAACAACAUUAAAGCUCUCUCGGAUGUGGAACCCAUCGUGUUCUUGCGGCCCUUUCUGGAAGUGGUGCGUUCCGAGGACACCACUGGACCAAUCACAGGCCUCGCCCUGACCUCCGUCAACAAGUUCCUCUCCUACGGCCUUAUAGACUCCAAUCAUGAGGGGGCAGCGGAGGGCAUCGAGAACAUGGCCGACGCCGUCACACACGCGCGCUUCGUUGGCACCGACCCUGCCAGCGACGAGGUGGUACUCAUGAAGAUCCUACAGGUCCUGAGGACACUGCUGCUGACGCCCGUUGGGGCCCAUCUGACCAACGAGUCGGUGUGUGAGAUUAUGCAGUCCUGCUUCAGGAUCUGCUUUGAGAUGAGACUCAGUGAGCUCCUAAGGAAGUCCGCAGAACACACACUAGUGGACAUGGUGCAGCUGCUCUUCUCCAGGUUACCACAGUUUAAAGAAGAGGCGAAGAGCUUUGUGGGCACCAACAUGAAGAAGAUGCCAGGCUGUUUCCUGGACGCUCAAGAUGUGAUUGGUGCAGAGCAGCCUAAGCCAACCAAUCAGACAGGCCUAGAGAGGUUGAAGAUGCGUGCAGGUGGGAUGAGUGAGCCGUCUAAAUGGAAGAAGCAGAAGCGCUCGCCCCGCCCCCCUCGUCACAUGGCACGCAGUUCGUCAGGCCUAACAGACUCCACCCAGCCGUCAGUCAACAGCAGCCAAUCAGGGUUGCCAGGUGUGGAUCAGCAGCAGUCGGGUCUGCCGGUGUCGGACAGCGUGUCCUCGUCCAUCUCCAGCCCGGCCACGGACAGCGGUCUGGACUCGGGCUCCAAGACCACCUCCAGAGAGGACCUGUCCGACCUGGACACCGCCAGCUCCACCGCCACCACCCCCCUCAGCCCCUCCGCAGAGCCCAGCGCACCCGACCCACAGUGUGAUGUGGAGCGUGGCCAGUCGACGUCAGUGGAGUCCAUCCCCGAGGUUCUAGAAGACCGGGACUCGGUGGCCGACGGGUCCGACUCCGCCUCGGUCCACGACAUGGAUUACGUCAACCCCCGAGGGGUCCGCUUCACCCAGUCCACCCAGAAAGAGGGUGCAGCACUCAUUCCUUACGGGCUGCCCUGUCUGAGGGAGCUGUUCCGCUUCCUGAUCUCGCUGACCAAUCCGCAUGACCGCCACAACUCUGACGUGAUGAUGCACAUGGGCCUGCAGCUGCUGACAGUGGCCCUGGAGGCCGCCCACAUCGCCCCCUACCAGUCACUACUGGUACUGGUCAAGGACGAGCUCUGCAGACACCUAUUCCAGCUGCUGAGUGUGGACCGUAUCAACCUGUACUCUGCCUCCAUACGGGUGUGUUUCCUGCUCUUCGAGAGCAUGAGGGGGAACCUCAAGUUCCAGCUUGAGAUGUACCUGAAGAAGCUGAUGGACAUUGUGACGUGUGAGAACCCCAAGCUGCCGUAUGAGAUGAAGGAGAUGGCCCUGGAGGCCAUCGUGCAGCUCUGGAGGAUCCCCAGCCUCGUCACAGAGCUCUACAUCAACUACGACUGCGACUUCUACUGCUCCAACCUCUUCGAGGACCUCACCAAGCUGCUCUCCAAGAAUGCCUUCCCGGUGUCUGGCCAGCUCUACACCACGCACCUGCUCUCUCUGGAGGCGCUGCUCACCGUGAUUGACAGCACCGAGGCCCACUGCCAGGCCAAGGUGCUGAACAGCGCCGCCCAGCAGGACCAAUCAGAAACCAUCACGGCCGAGGGGGAGGGAUCAGUCGGCGGCACCGCUGAUUCCCUGAAAGUAGACAGUACCCUGAUGGCCAGCACCAAUGGGCUCUCUGCAGCAUCUGAAGCCACGCCCAUUUGCCCGCCCACCAGUGGCCACCUAAUGGCCGACAAGAUGAAGCUGGGCAGACAAGACCAGGAAGAGACAGACGCCGCUGAGAAGAAAUCGCCCAAAAGGCCCCACCGUUUCUCCAGCUGCCUACCAGACUCCCAGGAACUCAAUUACAUCAAGGAUAAGAAGAAGUACCUGAUCACGGGCACGGAGCAGUUCAACCAGAAGCCCAAGAAGGGCAUCCAGUUCCUGCAGGAGAAGGGCCUGCUCAGCAGCCCCAUGGACAACGGGGAGGUGGCCCAGUGGCUCCGGGAGAACCCGCGCCUCGACAAGAAGAUGAUCGGGGAGUUUGUCAGCGACCGCAAGCACAUGGACCUGCUCGACAGCUUCGUCAAUACAUUCCAGUUCCAGGGCCUGCGUAUAGACGAGGCGCUGCGUCUGUACCUGGAGGCCUUCAGGCUGCCCGGUGAAGCCCCCGUCAUCCAGCGCCUACUGGAAACCUUCACCGACAACUGGCAUAAAGUGAAUGGCUCUCCCUUCAUGACCAACGACGCGGGCUUCGCUCUGGCCUACGCCGUCAUCAUGCUCAACACGGACCAGCAUAACCACAACGUGCGCAAGCAGAACAUACCCAUGACCGUGGAGCAAUUCAAGAAGAACCUGAAGGGGGUGAACGGCAACAAGGACUUUGACCAGGACAUGCUGGAGGACAUCUACAACGCCAUUAAGAGUGAGGAGAUUGUGAUGCCGGACGAGCAGACGGGGCUGGUGAAGGAGAACUACGUGUGGAGCGUGCUGCUGCACCGCGGCGCCACGGCCGAGGGCGUCUUCCUGCACACGGCGCCCGGCAGCUACGACAACGACCUCUUCAGCAUGACCUGGGGGCCCACCAUCGCCGCCCUCUCCUACGUCUUCGACAAGAGCCUGGACGACACCAUCAUCCAGAAGGCCAUCGCAGGCUUCAGGAAAUGUGCCAUGAUCUCGGCUCACUACGGCUUCAGUGAUGUGUUCGACAACCUCAUCAUCUCCCUCUGCAAAUUCAGCACGCUCAGCAGCGAGUCUGUGGAGAACCUGCCGACAACGUUUGGCAGCAACCUGAAGGCUCAGGUGGCGGCCAAGACGGUCUUCAACCUGGCCCAUCGCCACGGCGACAUCCUGCGCGAGGGCUGGAAGAACAUCAUGGACUGCCUGCUGCAGCUGUUCAGGGCAGAGCUGCUGCCCAAGCCCAUGGUCGAGGUGGAGGACUUUGUGGAGCCAAAUGGCAAAAUCUCCCUCCAAAGGGAAGAGACCCCAUCACAGAGAGGAGAGUCUGCAGUGCAGAGCUUGAUGAACUGGCUGACACUGAGUGGAGCAGAGCAGUCUGGCCUCAGAGGGCCCUCCACAGAGAACCAGGAGGCCAAGCAGGCAGCACUGCUCUGUAUUAAGCAAUGUGAUCCAGAGAAGUUAAUAACGGAGAGUAAAUUCCUGCAGCUGGAGUCUCUUCAGGACUUGAUGAAGGCUUUGAUCUCAGUUACGCCGGAUGAAGAGACGUAUGAUGAAGUAGACGCUGCUUUCUGCCUGGAGAUGCUGCUACGUAUCGUAAUGGAGAACCGGGACCGUGUGUCGUGUGUGUGGCAGACGGUGCGAGACCACCUGUGCCACCUGUGUGUCCAUGCCAACGAGAGCUGCUUCCUGGUGGAGAGGUCUGUGGUGGGCCUCAUCAGACUAGCCAUCAGACUACUCAGGAGAGAAGACAUCAGCUCACAGGUGCUGCUGUCGCUGCGCUUGCUCCUGAUGAUGAAGCCUCACGUGCUGUCCCGCCGCCGCGUGAGCAGGGAGGUGGCUUACGGGCUGCACGAGCUGCUGAAGACCAACGCGGCCAACAUCCACUGCGGGGAGGACUGGUACACGCUCUUUACCCUGCUGGAGUGCAUCGGGGCCGGGGUCAAGCCGCCCGCCGCCCUGCAGAUGAGCGCCGGGAACGCCGACAACGACACAGGAGCACAGUCAGACAGCGAGGUGAGCUCGUACCACCCGAGCGACGUGUCGUCUGUGGACCGAGGCUACCUGUCGGACCCCGAGAUCUACAACGACCAGCACGGGAAGAGCCGCAUACCGCGCUCCACCACGGACGUAGACGUAGCUAACAGCGGCUGGCUUGUGGUGGGUAAGGAUGACCUGGAGAGCAGUAAGACGGUUGCAGCAGGUGUAGCUGUAGCUCCAGCGGCAGCAGGAGUAGGAGGAGGAGGCUCUGGCUCUAAGCCCCUGAACUACCCGCUGGUCAACCAGUAUGUGCUGACCCUGGGCCAAGACAUGGGCCUGCACGACACCAAGUCCCUCAUCAAGUGCACGGAGUCGCUCUCCUUCAUCGUGCGCGACGCCGCACACGUCACGCCAGAGAACUUUGAGCUCUGCGUCAAGACCAUCCGUGUCUUUGUGGAGGCCAGCCUCAACGGAGGCUACCGCACACAUGACAAGAAGAAAAGCCACAACUCCAAGUCGGGCCGACUGCGCAAGAAGCCUCGCGAGAAGGACGGGGUGUCCCGGCGCGCCAAGGCCAGCCAGCGGCUCUCGCGCUCUCACAGUGACGACGACGAUGAGGAGGAGGACGAGGGCGUGCCCGCCAGCUACCACACGGUGUCUUUACAGGUUAGUCAGGACCUUUUGGACCUGAUGCACACGCUGCAUACGCGGGCCGCCAGCAUCUACAGCUCCUGGGCCGAGGAGCAGCGCCACCCGGAGGCCGCCGCCAGCACCACAGGCAGGAAGAUCGAGGCCGACUCUCACACACUGUGGAGCAGCUGCUGGUGCCCACUACUGCAAGGCAUGGCGUGGCUGUGUUGUGACGCCAGGCGGCAGGUGCGCAUGCAGGCCCUGACCUACCUGCAGAGGGCGCUGCUGGUGCACGACCUACAAACACUCGACGCUGCUGAAUGGGAGUCCUGCUUCAACAAGGUACUGUUCCCACUUCUGACCAAACUGCUGGAUAACAUCAGUCCUGCUGACGUAGGUGGGAUGGAGGAGACACGCAUGAGAGCUUGCACUCUACUCUCAAAGGUGUUCCUGCAGCACCUGUCCCCUCUGCUGUCUCUGCCCACCUUCACUGCCUUGUGGCUCACCAUCCUGGAGUUCAUGGACAAGUACAUGCACGCCGGCUCCAGCGACCUGCUGCUGGAGGCUAUCCCUGAGUCCCUGAAGAACAUGCUGCUGGUGAUGGACACGGCAGGCAUCUUCCUGAGCUCGGACUCUCGCUCUGGCUACUCGGCCCUCUGGGAGAUCACCUGGGAACGCAUAGACUGCUUCCUGCCGCACCUCCGAGAAGAGCUAUUCAAGCAGGCUGUCAUGCCAGAGCCUGUGCCCAGUGUGCCAGUUGAGCCUCCGCAGCCCCCAGCUCCGUCCCCUCCCCCCGCUGCUCCCCCCACGGAGCCCAAGGCCCCCAGCCGGCCCGCCUCGCCACAGGACAACACAGCCCCACCUAGUGCCAAUGGCACAGACAGAGUGUCCCCUGUGCCCCCCUCCUCUCCUCCUCUGCCCACCCCCGUGAAGAUGUCCCCCGCCGAGUCUCCUCCUCCUCCGUCUCUCAGCCAAUCGCCUCUCAUCCUGCAGCCCCUGGCCUCGCCGCUACAGGUCGGUGUGCCGCCAAUGUCCCUGCCAAUCAUCCUGAACCCCGCCCUCAUCGAGGCCACCUCUCCGGUGCCUCUGCUUCCCAGCCAGCGGCCCGCCGAACCAGCCGACCCCACGGAGGUCAAGUAACAACACAACACGACACGACACACCACCGACUCCUCAGCAGCCAUGGAGGCCCAAUAGCAACACCACCGACUCCUCAACGCAACGCAACCCACUCCACUCUACGCCCACCCCCCGACGACCCAUACCAUCACUGCUGGGAAGGAAAUGACUAAACCGCUCCAACGAAGGAAUGAACUUCUGACAUUGAAUGAUGGAAUCAAAACUUGGCAGUGUGGUCACCACUUGAGUGGGUGGAAAUCAUUGAAAGGAAUUAAAACGUGGUGACUUAGGGAGACACUCACAAGCACAGAUACAAACAGACACCGUAUUUAAAAAGCAGCUGCUCUGCAACACUGUCAGGUUUGAUGCCUUGCUCCAGUGGUGUCCUUGUGGGCUCUUGUCUCUUUCUCAAACUCAGAAGUUAUUUAUUAUUCUAAUUAUUACUACUACCACUACUACUUCUAAAUAGUCUACUUUCAGCUGUUCAGACUCGACAGGACCCCUGGAGCAAUGGCUGUGUGUAGGACAGAGCUGCAUACAUCUCCCAUCUCAACAGACAGUAACUGAUCCUGAUUCAGGUCAAGAAGGCCCAAUGUGUGACACACACACACACACACACACACAUUCACACUCACCCCCUACUGAGGGACUAAGACUGGACUGGAAGCCUCUCACCCCAGCAAAGCUACUGCAUGUUAGUGUACACAUUUAACUCUAGUUUUAAUCAGCAGGAAGCUCAACUUUACUCUGUAUGUUGCAGGAGUCAAACACGUACGCAAACACACACAGAACAUUAUAUUUUUUAAUAAAAAUAAAUAAGAGAACUACAUUAUAAAGAUCCUCCCAAAGAGUUGUUUGGAUGAGUGUGCCAGGCCUGGUGAGAUCCUGAGCACUGAGCUAGUAUAGACUGUGAAUGGUGGAUAGCAUGAAGUGGAUGUGUGAGGUCAUGUUUCAAGUGUUGACCAAUGGCACCAAUGGACACAAGCCCUUGCACCUACAUAAUGGAAAGUAAAUAGUCUAUCUGAGAAUCAUGGCUCCUGCAGGCUUCGUCAUGGUCUACACAUCCAUCGCCUUACCAUAGAUCUUCUACUAGAGUAGAACCAGAGAGAACACCGGAAGAGGAAUCUUACGCUCUGCUAGAACAUUCCUUCACCAGUGCUUAGUUGAGGCAGGGAGGGGGGUUAUGGGUGAUGGGGGUUGGCAUUGUAAGUUAUCCAGCCUUGAAAUUCCAGACAUUUUUUGUGUUAAUUUUUAUGAUUGUUAGUUUUAUUGAUAUAUAUUUUUAAAUAAUUUCCACGUCUUACAAAAAAAGAGAGAUUAUUUAAAAGUGCGUUGUAUGUGUGAUAUGAGUGGUUGUGUGGCAUGUCGAUGUGAUCUUGAUGUGGUCUACUGUGAUGAUCUUACCAGUCCUCAGUCCAUGCACCUUAGCUGUGUGGUUUGUGUUGGGGGAACAGACGGGGAGUAUCCAAAAUGCUCCACUCGUGCACCACCCUGUAGUGCACUAUGUAAGGGACAACACAUUGUAUGUGGUGAUUGAACUAUGACAUAAAGGGUUCCUUGUCAGCCAUGGCCUCUUUAGUGCCUCCUGUUGGUCCCAGCUUCUCAUGAGGUGUUCUUUACACCACUGGUCCAAUGGAGUUAUUACCAUUGUAGAUCCCAGAGCAACGUUGCACACUGAGGAAGGCACACGCCGAAACGCGUCUGUGCACAGAAAAAUAAAGAAAACAAUUGAUGCAAGGUGCGCCCCCCUUUUCUUUGAUUCUAAAGAUCCCAGAGCAUAUCUGGUACUGUACCCAGUGUAAGGAAGAAAUGUUCUUAUCUGAGACAGCCCUAUACCGUAUAUCGCUUUUUUCUGUUGACACCCCCAGUUUGUAGCGUAACGUAUUGCGUUAGACCAAUGUAAGCAGAUGGUGCAUAAAGGAGACUUUCAGGAGGCUAAGCUUCUGAGGGCUGCCCUGAGGAACGCCCUCAAGCAUGACGGUGACAUCCAGUUAGACAUCAUCUGCCAGUAGCCUGACAGCAGAAUGACCAGUGAUGGCCCAGUAAAAUACACUCAUACACCCACUACGCUGCAACACUAUGAAGGUGACAGCCCCUCUCUUCAUAUCUACUCGUAUGUCACACACACUCACGCACAUCAUCAGAGAGGCAAGAGGCUGCUUUGAAUCUUCCAAAUAAGGACUUCCAUAGACCUGAUCCUCAUGGGGAACUCUGGUUUGAAGAAGAGGAGCAGAAUCACCUGCUGGGUUCCUCUCCUGGAGAACCUAGUUCUUGUGUUCCUGUCCCGCUGGGUCGAUAUUGUUCCCUUUGCGCGAGCUCAGUUCUAUGGUGUAUGUUGUACUGCAUUCUUAGGAACUGAAAUCAGGAACUAAUUCUGAGCUAAACCUGGAAAUAUUGUGUAUAUAUAAAUAAAUGGUCAUGUACUUUUUAUUAUGUAAUAAAUAUAAGGAAAAUAA